AUGGGUGGUUUUCAGACUGCUGGCAAAGCAACAAGCAUCAGUGUGUCAGAAGAUGCUGUCAAGACUGCUGGCUCCAUCUUGGGUGGUUCAGGCUCCCACAGAUCCAACAAUGCCCCACAGCAAUCCGCUAUGGGUGGUUUUCAGACUGCUGGCAAAGCAACACGCAUCACAGCUUCAGAAGAAGCACUGGGGAAAGCUGAGUCGCUCUUGGGCAGUUCCGCUUGUCAAAAGUCCAUCCCUGCCCCGCAACAGCCCUCCUUUGGCAUUGGAUUUCGUACAGUGGGCAAAGCCAAGAGUAUCAAAGUUUCACAGGAAGCUCUGGUGAAAGCUGGCGCCAUCUUGAGCAGUGGAGUCUCCCAAAAGUCGGCCUCUUCGCAUGUCUCUGCGUUUCAUGCUUCUGGCAACGCAGAGAGCAUGGCGGUUGACGAGAAAGCUUUGCAUGGACCUUCUUUGCAGGAGCAACCAGUUUGUGCAACGCCGAAUAGUUCUUUGCAAUUUGACGGAGACAGUCACAAACGAAGUGCUACAUCUCCGCUUUCGGACUAUUGUCGAGAAGGGAAGAUGCUUCGUCUUGACGAUUCGACUAUGGAGUACACGGAACAGCCGUUCGAAAGUAGGGCCGCCGCUUCGUCGAUUGGUGGCGAUGGAGACCAUAAUCGCGUGUCCAAAACACCAAGACGCGAUGGCUUGAACGAACCUCAAAAUCAGGUCGCACAAGACUUUCGUAAUCAACAUCCUGAGAAUCUUUAUUCUGAAGUGGUGUCGAAAACGCCUUGUUACUCGCGAAGUGCAAAGUCAGUUGUUACAAUGUCUGUCGGUUUCCGCAAGUGCGCAUAUCCCUUGAACGAAUCUCCACAACUAGCUUUGCCGACCGAAGCAGUUUCGCCGGUCCCAAUUCACUUUGAUUGUCAAGGCGAGAUUGAUAGUUCCAAUCAUCGCAUUCCGUUGGAGACAGCAGGGAUUCAAGAUUCCCUUGUGCCUGCGGAUGUUGGACCUCCUAAGGCAUCCAAAGUGACUACCUCAAGCCACGAGGCAACGAGCAACUUGAUGACAACGGAUCGAAAACAAUGCAGGUCAGACGGUGUUGCAGAAGUGACGCUAGAAGUGGACAGCACCAACGCUGCUGAACUUGUUUUUCACGCCAGUCCCAAUGGUUCCUUUCCUCACUCUUUCCGUGACCACGUGAAUCAGUUGCAAGGCCUCAUUGGUUUCCCGUCUGACCUGCAUGUCUCAUUGGUAGAGAGAGGUUGCAAAAAGGACUUCGUCAAUACGAAGUGGUUGUUGAACCACAAGCGCUGGAUUGUCUGGAAGCUGGCGUCCCUCGAGCGACGUUUCUCGUGGAUUCAUGGCGGUACUCUUCUUUCUUAUGAAAAUCUCAUUGCAAAGCUCUAUCAUCGCUAUUGCAAAGAGUACAAUGAAGGCAAGCGCCCAGUGCUACGAAAGAUUCUCAACAAAGACACGUCAGCAGCCCGCAUGAUGAUCCUUUGUGUCUGUCAAGUGUUUCGUCAAAACGCCAUUGACAAGAACAAGGAAGGACCAAAUCAGAGAAAAGGCAGUGACAGUUCACCCGCCGCUGGUACCACGUAUUCGAUGGAACUGACGGAUGGUUGGUACUCUGUACAUGCUGCUCCUGACGGCAAGAUUUGUGAGUACCUUGAAAGCGGGCGAAUCAAGGUCGGGACAAAGAUGAUGGUCUCAGGGGCGUGUCUAGUGGGAGCUGACGACGGGAUCGAUCCUCUUGACGACAGCAACACUCCUUACCUAAAGCAAUGCAAAGUAUUCUUGCGGAUUUCAGCGAAUGCAUCGCGGCUCGCAAAGUGGGACGCAAAAUUGGGUUUCGUUCCUCCAUGUCAGCAAUUGCGGGAUGACAAGGGGUUGCUUCGAGUCAAAAAGGUGUCCGAUGUCGUUCCGGGCGGUGGGUUUAUUCCAAUGAUAAGUCUCCUCGUUUGCAGGAAAUACCCCAUGAUGUAUCUGCAUCGUGGAGAUUCGGGAGAAGAAGAAAUGAUCACAGAGGCAGAAGAGCACAAGCAAAGGGUGGAUUUUGAACGUCGAAAGCUGAAUUUGAUAGAGAAGUUCACGGAAGAAGUUGAGCAGGAGUGCACCAAGGAUGUUGACGAGCUGGCUCCCCCACUGUGGACUCGCUUGACGACCAGUCCAUCCCCGGAAGACUUCUAUCAUGGGCUGAACAACGAAGGAAAGUCGAUUAUUGAAAGAUGGAGGGCUAAACGCAGUGCGGUUUUGCAAAGACGCAUCCAACAAGAGGUGCAAGCAAAGAUAGAAGAGGACGAAUCUCUAAUUCGCCAUUCCACGCCCUUUCUUCGGGUGCUUGUUGCAAGCCACGACCGCAGCCUGCUUGAUCGAGCCGGAGAAAGAAUCUGCAACGAACAAGGGAUUCUUACUGUCUGGUCACCAACCGAAGAACAGUUGGGCCUGUUUCGCGAGGGAGGUCUUAUCCAAGUGGAGAACCUAGCUGCGAGACAGAAGUACGAAGGGCGCAUCCAGUUGUCCGCCAACGGGAGAACCACCAUCACCGCAUGUUCUUCAAGGACUUCAUUCUCGCCAGAACUUAUGUCUCUGUGCUAUUCCGAACGCAAACCCGUCUCGAUAUUUCAAAUCCAUGUUUACUCCCGUCGCCUUUUGCAAGGCAAAGCCAGGCGUGAUGAGGGGGGCGAGGCUCCCAAUGAACACGACAUUGUUGGAGUUAUCCUCAAAGUUGUCGAGAGCGACAGUGACGAAAAGAUGUCAAUCUACCUGACAGACAAGUCAUCAUUGGUUGUGCGGGUUCAGUGCGGGGGUUUGAAGGGGAUUGGAGACUCGAUUGGGCUCCGCUCUCCUUUUGCAAGACAGUGUGUGGAACAACCUCGAGUUUUGGCUUUUCGAGAUUUGACCGUCUUGCCUUUUGACGCAGUGGAGAACUGCGCUGUCUUGGAGUUUCGAGUGAUGUCAAGUAUUCGAACGAAGAUCAGUGAACCAACGUCUGCCAACCUUCGUGCGUGGGCCGUGUCAACUGCUGGUCGAUCCCUACUGUCCCGUCGCGCCGCUUUCUUGGACUGUGGACUGUUCACGUUGCAAAGACCGAAAGCGACUUUCGUCCCCUUGGUGGGCUACAUUGCGGGCUUCAAGGUGCAACCGUCUCAUCACCUUAGUGUCCUCGUCGACAGUGCCUCGGGUAGCCAGCAAGAGUUUACCUUCCCUUAUCACCUGUUGCAGGACGUUGUGCUCCCAAACUCGGACCACGAAACCGUCUCCCUCAGUUCGGUAGAAGAAGGAUUGUGUUCAAAACUCACGCUGCUUGGAAAGUUCUUCAGAGCCAGAGGGGUCUUACAUCGAUUUCUCCUGAAGCGCACCGAAUCGUCUGCUCAAAGCAUUACCAGCUAUCGUCCUUGUGAGUUCGAAGUCUGCCAGAUCAGCGCUGUCGAUUUGGAAGCUCUGUGCGGUGUCUACGAUACUUCGGAAUAG